AUGAUUUCUGUGGUAGAAAGUGAUGCUAUGUCAUUGGUGCCUUAUAUGAGCCCCAUACACACUUUUCAAAGAGCUUUGAUUGGGGAUGAAGAAGACAGUGAAGAUGAAAUGAUUGGAGAAAUUGAGCAAGUACUUGACAUGUCUUGUAGUUAUGUCCCUGGUUUUGGGUUGCUUGAAAAGGAUGUAACUUUCAAUUUUAAUGACACCUUCCUGAAGGCAUUUGAAGAGCUUAAAAAGAAGUUGGUGGCUUCCCUCAUUAUUGCGGUACCGGAUUGGUCCUUGCCAUUUGAACUUAUGUGUGAUGCAAGUGACCAUGCUAUUGGGGCAGUGCUAGGCCAGAGGAAAGACAAGGUGUUUUAUUCCAUCUACUAUGCAAGUAAGACUCUGGAUAAUACACAACUAAAUUACACCAAUACUGAAAAAGGGUUGUUAGCCGUUGUGUGGGCCUUUGAGAAAUUUCGGGCAUACUUGGAAGUCAUAGUCCAUACCGAUCAUGCAGCAAUCAGUGGGGUAUUUCCUCCUGAAAUUGAAUCUCAAGCUAGAAAGAGAUUUCUACAUGAUGUGAACUUCUACUGUUGGGAUGAGCCAUACUUGUACAAGCAAUGUGCUGAUCAGUUGAUGAGGAGAUGCAUUUCAGAAAAGGAGGUGGAAUCAAUGUUGUAUGAUUGUCAUGCAUCACCUUAUGUGAGCCUUAAAGGAGGCGAUAGAACAGCUGCAAAGGUUUGGGACUCCGGUGCCUUGAUUAGUGAUGAAGGGACACAUUUUAGCAAUCGGUUGUUGAAUAACCUUCUAGCUAAAUAUGGAGUCUGCCAUAGAGUUGCCCCAGCAUAUCAUUCUAAAACAAGUGGACAAGCUAAGGUGUCUAACAGAGAAAUAAAGCAAAUCUUAGAGAAGACGGUAAGUGUGAAUAGGAAGGAUUGGGCUGCAAAGUUAGAUGAUGCCUUGUGGGCGUAUAGAAUUGCAUACAAAACGCCAAUUGGGGCGUCGCCGUAUAAGCUUGUUUAUGGAAAGGCAUGUCGCUUGCCUAUUGAACUUGAACACAAAGCGUACUGGGCCAUUAAAAAGUUGAAUAUGGACCUUGCAACCGCAGGUGAGAAGAGACUGUUUCAGUUGAAUGAGUUAGAUGAGUUCGGGUUGUACUCUUAUGAAAAUGCUAAGCUGUACAAAGAGAAAACGAAAAUAUGGCAUGACAAGCGUAUCAAGCCACGUCACUUCGAGGCAGGCCAACAUGUAUUAUUAUUCAAUUCUAGGCUCAAGUUAUUUCCCGGGAAGUUAAAAUCGAGAUGGUCAGUCCCGUUUGAGGUGGUGAGAGUCACUCCGUAUGGUGCAAUUGAGUUGCAUGCUUUAAAUGGUGAAAAGAAAUUUUUAGUGAAUGGACACAGAGUCAAGCACUAUUGGGGAGGAAUAAUUGAUAGUGAGAAGACCAAUGUUGCACUUGCUGAUGAGUAA